UAAUUAAAAAAAGAGUUUGCUUCCCCAGCUUAACUUUUUAACACGUUUUAUCACCAUGUAUUGUUUUGGUUUUACAACACUUUGUCCUCCCUAUAGACCACGCAUUAAAUAAUUGCAGUAAGUUACAUUUAUAUUCAAUAAUUUCUAGUAACUGGAUUCAUAUACUCUAUUGUAAAAUCUGGCAUAGAAAUCGUUAAUUUAGGUGGAGAACCAAACCCUUUAACACCCAGUCUGGUUUCUCAUACAGGCUAGUGCUUUGAAGCCAACCUUUAAGGGAUUAAUUUUAGAUAAAGCUACUACUCUGUUAAUAAAUUACCAUUUUUGAGUGCUUCUUGGUACCCACUGCUGUGCUAGGCAGCUAAUUUAUAGUUACCUCAUUUAAUUCAAACAACUCCAUUAUCCCUGCUUUACAGAUGAGAAAACUGAUACUUAGACAGCUUUUCUAAGACUAAGCAGGUGGUAAAUGACAAAGUCAGAAUUGAUCUGAUUUAACCAUUCUACUACAUUGCCUAACAGGUCUCAAAUAUUCCUAAGAGUUUUAGGAUAAGAAGCAGGCCUAACAAAGUAACUAACAUGUUGAAGGUACGUGAUACUUCUUUAUUAAGUCAUUCAGAAAGAAGGUUAUAUUUAUUUAGGUGAUAUGUAUUAACUUACAAUAACUUACGUUAAUCACAUUUCAAUAGGAAGGCCAGGAAGAAGAACCAUAUAAAAAACCAUUUAAGUAUAAAUUAAACUUCAUUUAUUCCCCUUGUCAUUAAAUUAGUGGGUCAAUAUUUUCAGUAAGAGAUUGUGCCAGCAGGAUGCCCCAUUGCUCUGGACUUCAACGAUGUUGAUAACUAUUAAUCACUUAAGGCAGGCAGGAUGGAGGGAGCGUCUGUUGAUUCUGUUUCACUAGAUGGAACAUUAAGUAAUGAGUUAGAAAAACUAUAGGCAUCUGCUUUUUAGAUUGUAUCUUUUAGUUUUUGUAAACUAAAGGAUAGAGUGUAGAUUUUUUAAAAGAGGGUUGUUACAUUCUAUAUAAAGCUCCUUUUUAUAUAGCUCAUUGGAGAGACAGAGCAGCAGAUGGCUGUUAGUCAGAGCUGGGGUGAUUCUGGGCUUGCUUUGUGAGCUUGAGCAGGUUUCUUGGUUUCUCCAAUUCUCAGCUUUCUCACCUUUAGAGUUGAGAUCAUUUUACCUACCUCACUAAAUGGUAGUAUGUACGUUCGCAUCUACCCCACCACCACCACCUUUUUACAUUCAACAGAUAAUUAUUGAGAAUCUGUUAUGUGUUAGGUCCUGUCCUGUACAGUGAACUCUUCUAAGAGCUCAAAGUGACAGGCAGAAAGGCACCUGAGCAUCUAUUGCAAUGCAGUUUAACCCUCUCUAAAUGCUGGAGAAACAUGAGGUAUGGAGCACCUACUUGUUUUUUUGGGGGGAGCAUGUAGCAGUGUUCAUUUUAAACAUCUUUGUAUGUAAUGGUCAUUUAAUACUGGGUGAACAUUAAACCUUUGUAUUUUAUGGUCAGAAAUUAACUUAAUCUAAACACUAGGCUGAUUUGCAAUGCAUGGCAUUGAUUUUUGCCAUUGGGUUAAGAAUAUGUUAGAGCAGAUGUAGCAUUCUUUACAAUGAUCAGUAUCAGAAAUUACUGAUUUUAUGAGACUGAAAUCAUAUAAGGACAUACAGUAUUGUCAGCUUGAUCAUAGCUCACAGGGUUGUAGAAUUACAGUAUUGAUGGGGCACCUAAUAUGCAGCAGACAAGAAAUGUCCUUGCCUUCCCAGAGCCCAUGGUUUUGGGGGAAAAUGGACAGGACAACAAGUGGGCACAGAAAAGCAUGAUAUAUACCAUCUUUGUUGGGGUGAUAACUUGAUAUUCACUGGUCCUGACAUUAUUCCUAUUGUGUUAUACUGUAAACAUGUGCAAAAGAAGAACUAUGAAAUCGUUAUUUGAUUUUAAGGUCAAAUAAGUGAUAUUAAGGUCACUUAGAAUGCUGUGGCAUUUAUCCAGCAAUCCAUCACUGAUGCAAAAUGACUCCCUGUCAUUACAGUGCAGCCAGUCAUGCUAAAUUUGACAGCAGUUCUACAUUCAGGUUUGUGAGAUGUCAUGUUUGGUGGGUAAUUUGGCAAGUAUGCAUUUUUCUCCUUUCUUCCUGAAGGGUAAAGGCUUACCCUCUGCUUCUGAAUCUCUAAGAUUCCUAUCAUCUACCAGGAGGUAACGCAAAUGCCUGAGGCUCUGUCCCUGUUGCUCUGCUUUGCCACCCUUCCAGACCCAUCGUGUGUGCACCAGCUGUGUUCACAGAUCUUUCAGAGAGCCAGGCCUCCUCCUCUGUGUCCUGGGGUCCUAACUGGGUGGUAAAACCUAAUCUGGAAUUUUUCAAAUAGAAACUAAUUGCAGAGUUUCCGGUUGACCAGCAUUCAUAAGAAUGAAGACAAACACAGAAAUGGUGUGUCUAAGAAAUUUCAAAAGAUGUAGGCCUCCUGAUUGAAGCAUAGCCAACUUCUUGAAUUCAUUUUUUUCAUUAUACUUCUGUACUCCUGCAAGGGAAAGUCAUGAUCACACUAACAGAGCUGAAAUGCUUGGCAGACACCCAGCCAUCGUAUCACAUCCUGAAACCAUGGUGGGACGUCUUCUGGUACUACAUCACGCUGGUCAUGCUGCUCGUGGCAGCGCUCGCCGGCGCGCUUCAGCUGACGCAGAGCAGGGUUCUCUGCUGUCUUCCGUGCAAGGUGGAGUUCGACAGUCACUGUGCUGUGCCUUGGGACGUCCUGAAAGCCAGCGCUAACAUGUCCUCUGACAAUGGGGCACCGCUUCCGCUGCCCCUCAGGAUCCAGAACGGCCUCCACAGACAGCAGUACUCGUACAUCGAUGCUGUCUGCUAUGAGAAGCAGCUCCACUGGUUUGCAAAAUUUUUCCCCUACCUGGUGCUCCUGCACACGCUCAUCUUUGCAGCUUGCAGCAACUUCUGGCUUCACUACCCCAGUACCAGCUCCAGGCUUGAGCAUUUUGUGGCCAUCCUUCACAAGUGCUUCGAUUCUCCGUGGACCACCCGGGCCCUGUCCGAAACGGUGGCCGAGCAGUCGGUGAGGCCCCUGACGCUCUCCAAGUCCAAGGCAUUGCUUUCAUCCUCAGGGUGCUCCGCCGAAGUCGAUCCCAGCAAACAGUCAUUACCCUACCCGCAGGCUGGUCUGGAGUCAGCUGGCAUAGAAAGCCCAACUUCUAGCGUGCUGGACAAGAAGGAGGGUGAACAGGCCAAAGCCAUCUUCGAAAAAGUGAAAAGGUUUCGCAUGCACGUGGAGCAGAAGGACAUCAUUUACAGAGUGUAUCUGAAGCAGAUCAUAGUCAAAGUCAUUUUGUUUGUCCUCAUCAUAACUUACGUUCCAUAUUUCUUAACCUACAUCACUCUUGAAAUUGACUGCUCAGUUGACGUACAGGCUUUCACAGGCUAUAAGCAUUACCAGUGUGUCUACUCCUUGGCAGAAAUAUUUAAGGUCCUGGCUUCGUUCUAUGUCAUCCUGGUUAUACUUUAUGGGCUCACCUCCUCCUACAGCUUGUGGUGGAUGCUGAGGAGUUCUUUGAAGCAAUAUUCCUUUGAGGCAUUGAGAGAAAAAAGCAACUACAGUGACAUCCCUGACGUCAAGAACGACUUCGCCUUCAUUCUCCACCUGGCUGAUCAGUAUGAUCCUCUUUAUUCCAAACGUUUCUCCAUAUUCCUGUCGGAGGUCAGCGAGAAUAAACUGAAACAGAUCAACCUCAAUAAUGAAUGGACAGUUGAGAAACUGAAAAGUAAGCUUGUGAAAAACUCCCAAGACAAGAUAGAACUGCAUCUGUUUAUGCUGAAUGGUCUUCCAGACAAUGUGUUUGAACUGACUGAAAUUGAAGUGCUAAGCCUGGAGCUUAUCCCUGAGGCCAAGCUGCCCUCCGCCAUCUCCCAGCUGGUCAGCCUCAAGGAGCUGCAUGUGCACCACUCCUCCCUGGUGGCGGACCCUCCUGCCCUGGCCUUCCUGGAGGAUAAUUUAAGGAUUCUCCGCCUGAAAUUUACUGAAAUGGGGAAAAUCCCACGCUGGGUAUUUCACCUGAAGAAUCUCAAGGAACUUUAUCUGUCGGGCUGUGUUCUACCCGAGCAGUUGGGUCCCAUGCAGUUGGAGGGCUUUCAGGACUUAAAAAACCUGAGGACGCUCUACCUGAAGAGCAGCCUGUCCCGGAUCCCACAGGUCAUCACGGACCUCCUGCCUUCCCUGCAGAAGCUGUCCCUGGAUAACGAGGGAAGCAAACUGGUCGUGCUGAACAACCUGAAGAAGAUGGUCAAUCUGAAAAGCCUAGAGCUGAUCAGCUGUGACCUGGAGCGCAUUCCACACUCCAUUUUCAGCCUGAACAAUUUGCAUGAGUUAGACCUAAAGGAAAAUAAUCUUAAAACUGUAGAAGAAAUCAUUAGCUUUCAGCAUCUCCAGAAUCUUUCCUGCUUAAAGUUGUGGCACAAUAACAUUGCUUAUAUUCCUGCCCAGAUUGGGGCAUUGUCUAAUCUAGAGCAGCUCUCUCUGAACCAUAAUAACAUUGAGAAUCUGCCUCUGCAGCUCUUCCUAUGCACCAAACUACACUAUUUGGAUCUAAGCUAUAACCACCUGACCUUCAUUCCAGAAGAAAUCCAGUAUCUGAGUAAUUUGCAGUACUUUGCUGUGACCAACAACAAUAUUGAGAUGCUUCCAGAUGGGCUGUUUCAAUGCAAAAAGCUGCAGUGUUUACUUUUGGGGAAAAAUAGCCUGAUGAGUUUGUCCCCUCACGUGGGUGAGCUCUUGAACCUCACUCACCUGGAACUCAUUGGUAAUUACCUGGAAACACUUCCUCCUGAGCUGGAAGGAUGUCAGUCCCUGAAGCGGAGCUGUCUGAUUGUUGAGGAGAAUCUGCUCAGUACCCUUCCUCUCCCUGUAACAGAACGUUUGCAGACAUGCUUAGAUAAAUGCUAACCUAAAGAGAAAAUAAUCUUUGAAAGGAUGCCCCAGGGCGUUAAAUGAGAACUGAAGUUUCCUAAGUUAUAAAGGUGAAAAAUGGGUAUAAUUAUGACUAACUACAACCAAAUGUCUUAUUAAAGCAACUCAGUAUCUAGCUUAAACAGAUUGAACAGCGUCAACACUGAAGUUUUGUGAAUAAUUGAUUUUUAACUUAUUGAGACGUAAGAAGUAUACUUCGGGGGUGGAACAGGAGACAUGAAAUCCUUGAAUCUCCAUGUUGCAGUUCUUACCUUGAAGCUUAGCUACUCUUUUCCUCUCCCUCCCCCAUGCCCCAUUUCUUACUUGCACACUUGUUUUAACUGACUUCCUGUUUUGAAAUUUAUCACCUAGACCAUAAACUCAUCAACAUAAAUUCCCUUGAUGUACACUCAGCACUGUCUUUGAUUUAUGUUUUUAAAUAUUUUUAGGCAGGGUGCAUUGUGCUUGGAAGAAUUCCUUCUCGACUUAAUUUUUACUUCCUGUCUCAGCUUGCUUACAUCUUCCUUCAUGUUGUUUUCUCCUAACAACAGAGAUGAACCCUGAGAAAGUGCCGGCUUUUGGCCUUUGUGUAGAACAAGAGUAGGAUACUUAGGACAUGUCACCCACCCUCAGGGCUUCCUGAAAAUUAAUGUAUUCUCUAAAAUGUCUUCUUGUGUAUCGUCAAGGCUUUUUUUAUUUGCUAAUAGUUUAUAUAGUAAAUGUAAAACAUAUACAUAUUUUCGAUUGUAUAAUCUUGUAUUCAAAAUCUGUGAGAAAUUUUGUAACGUACAGGGAACACGUUCAUUUCUUCAAGAAUUUACAAUUAAUAUACUUGGUUUUGGCUGCUUCUAUUUCUCAUAUUUGUGUGCAUUCUGUUCCAAAUGUUUUUGUAUUCUGCCAUUAUUUACUUUGGAUAACAAAAGCCUUGUGUCUUGUGCCCUAGAAUAUUUGGGGAGUUUCCUAUAUAAGAGGAUGGCUGCAUCAUCUACCUCUCUCUUCCCUAGUUGCUGUGCUAUUGUAGGGGUACUAUCCUUAAUUACUUCAAAAACUGUGAUGGAGGGGAGAGGUACAGAUUUGGAUCUUUAAAAUUGGUUUUAAAACUCUUUGUAAAAGAGUUAAAGCAAAAUAUUUUCUCCAUGUGCAUGAUCUCUAGAUAUGAUUAUAAUGUAAAACACUCAGCCUCCAUUCAGUCUUUAAGAUGGGUUCUCAAAGCUCACAGAGAAGUAGAACCAUUUAACUGAAAUUCAUCUCAUGACUUUGAGUAAUUUUUCUGGAAUACAUUUUGCCCUUUUUUAUAAAGAGCUUUGUGUUUGGCCUUUUGUUAUCAUGCAUACAGUAAAGUGAAUAAAAUUGACUGACUCAUUUUUGAGAAAUGUAUACUUUUAAUGUGAUUUUCUCUAAUGGGUCUAGGCGUUAUAAUGCCAUCUCAUUUUGGGUGUAACUAUGAAGUAAUCUAACUGCAUCUGGAUAAAACUGGAAAACACUAUAGGUAAUGAGCACUGUAAACAGGGAAUUGUGAUGCGUAGUAUGUUUUUCUUGCUUUGCUUGUUCCAGAAAGAUGAAAGUGAGUCUUUAAACUGUAGCAAAAUGUAGCUUCUCUCACCAGCCACACACCCCUGGACUAAAACUCUGAAAAAAAGAAUUGUUUAUGUUAAAUGAAAUUUGCAUAAUAUUAACUAUAAAAAACAUAAAACACCAAAAGCUGCCUAAAACAUUAUCAUUUAUUAUGAAUUAGAAGAACCAGUGUAAAAAUACAAUCCUCACCAAAACUUGCCUUUAGUCAAAACUUUGAAGUUCUCAGGGACCCAGGCAUAACUGACGGAAUUCAGAAAAUAGAUUCUGACUAUAUCUAGGGACUAUAUUUGUUUUUUUUUAAUGUGAGUUAAUGGUCAGUAUUUCACAACAGAAUUGUCAUGUGUACUGAUUUCAAUGUUACAUAGGAUUAUCCUGUUUUGGAUGUGAAUAUGAUACAUGGACAGGUGUUUAAAUGUUUUUGGCCAUAUAAUCAGCCGUAAUUUGUAUGAAAAAAUCCCAUCCUCUCCUAUAAAUUUCAAAUUUGCUAACAUUCCCCUCACAAACUAGAACUUCUCCAUGACUAAUCAUUAGUUCUAUUCACCUGCAGAAAUCAUUGGUUAAAUCUUUCUUAAUCAGAGCUCUCAGUUUCUGGAAACACAUUACUAUCAGGAUCAUAAGUGAAUAUUAUAAGCUGCUUUCCAAACACUAUAGUUAGUGGUUCAAACUUUGCUGUUCUUGAUGCCAUAGUUUUUAGAUUAUUUUUUCAAUCGUACACAUGAGUGUUUAGGUAGCUUUUGAAAUGACAGAGCUCUGAUGCAGUGAACUCUGAGACCAUCGAUUUGACAUGCAAGAAUGUAUUGAUGCCACCUCUGCCGCACUGUUGUAGCUGAUCUUCAUAAUAUCUAAGAGGAUUUUAUAUGAAGAAAAUGAAGUUUGUUCAUGAUAAUCAUGAGACUCUUGUUGGCAUUUGAUUUCGAAGAACAUGAAGUAUAUUUUCCAAAAAAUAAAUGUCAGAGUUUUCAGAACAAAGUUGAUGGCUUAUGCUGGCAACCUUUGGUUCAUUUUAUUUACAUGCGUGCGCACACACACACACACACACACACACAGAUAAGCUUGCACACAUAUAGACACACACCCUUAUAUAUGUAGUAGGUAACUUUCUAGCUUUGGAUGUUCAGUAUUUUUUCCAAAGUAGCUAGAGGUUGUCAGUUAAUGCUAGGAUGUUCUUUUAUACUCAUUACUUGUAAUCAUGGAGUGUUCUAUUCUCUUAGUCAUAAUAUUUAAAAGAAAACUGAAUGCUCAACCUUAGUCUGAGAACCGAAGCAGUUUUGAGCAUCCCUGGAAAGACACAGUGUUCUCCCCCUAACUGCCAGCAGGGUACAUUUAUGUGGCACAUAGACACUAUGUUUUCAUUCUUCAUCCUCAGUCUUAACUUUUCCCCCAGGUGUCACCAUAUUUCACUGUCACUUAACAAAUGUUUGUGUUAAACAGGGUAAAUAGAGAUCCCCAGGGAUCUUGGCACUGUGGUGUAGCUCCAGUUAGUGUGCUGUGGUGAGCUGCAGAAAGUUAUUUGCAUAACAUUAUCAUUUGAUAGUGAAAAUACUUGUUUCUGUUCUUCAUAUGUUCCAUGAUUCAAAUUUUGUAUGUUUAAUGAAAAUACUGCAUAGUAUUGGAAACCAUUAAAAUAAUCAAACAGUUAUUCUCUGGAUUUCUAGCUUUCUUUCCUUGUAUUUUCAAUAAAAGGCUCUUUCCAUCUUAAUCUGCUUAGCAUUGUUCUAUCCUCUGAGGUAUUGUGUUUUCCCUCAUCACUCACUCCCCUCCUUAAAUGUGAUCAGCAGUUGUAUAGUAACAUAUAUUUGUGCUAGAGAACCUGCAGUGAUACUUGGGCAUGUGUUUAUUUGAGGGGAGGCCAGAGCCUCUAAUUAUGCCUCUCAUUAUGCCUAAUUGAGUAGUUCUGCUUUACCCAUCCCUGCAGUAUUCAGAGCUGAUCCACUGUCCCUCAACCAACCAAAAGCAUGAGCAUAUAACUCUAAGUCCACUUUGUUUUUGGGAACUAUAUUGCAUCAAAAUCUGUUUUUAUUUCUUCGUGGAAACAAGGGGAAGGCUGGUGGGAGAAGGGGAAAAGUUAUUUUGCAUCCUAGUUUGAAUUAUGAAGACAUUAUAUACAUGAAAUGGCAUAAACUAAUAACUGUUGCAAAAUGCCCUGGACAUAUUUAUUUCUUAUCUACAGCUGGAUAUGAAAGCUGAAACAGUGAAAAACUGCCAUCCUAUUUAAUUGGUUUCUUCCUGUUUCUGGUCUCCCACUUCCACUGGGAGCUAUCUACUAAGUCUCUUUGGUAAUGGACUACAUUCUCUUCCACUUGUUUUUACAUGAACAAUGUCAUCAGUGCUAAAGCAUUAAUAUAGAGUAUGUGAGCCAAACUACCGAGAUGGCUUCAAGUUGAACUGAAUUCAUAGAGAAGUUUUGCAUUUGACUUGUAUUAGAUGCUACUGCUGAGAAAAACGUUUAUGAAUGCCUCCUGCAUGUUAUAUAUUAUCUCUAACAGAGAUGGUGCAAUUAAAAAAAAAUACAAAGAAGCAUAGAAGUAGAAUGGAUGUGUUUGUGCAUAUAUAUAUAUCAUGUAUAAACCAAAAUAUUUACAUCUAUUUUUGAAACUCUUCAAAUGUUUCACUCACUCAAAUAAUGGGGCCAGUCUUGAGACAUUUCCUUUGGGUGGCUUCACAGGAAAGGCUAGUAUGUAUUUUAUCUUUGUCAUGUAUUUUGAAACGUGCAUAAUCAGUUUUUGCUUCUAGUAAUGAAUUAUUAGAAAAUGUAAGAUUUUGUCAUGAGUUGAAUGUUUUUGGCCCUCAGGUUUACCAUGUAAAUCUGCAUUUUGGUGGUAAAAAUCCUUUGCCUGAGAUUUAGUAGUUUUUGGUAAACUUUCCUGUUUUUAAAGUAUCUUUUGUGUAAAAUAAAGAUUCAAUUUUUAUAAUAAAUGACAAAUAAAAACAGAUUAAACAUUGGAAGUGGACUGUACUAAUUUUUACAUGUGUACACUUACAGUGCCCAGGCUCCAAAAGUGAUUCUCUUCCUCUUCCAUAGCUCCCUGUGCAGUUGCGCUAUUAUAUUAUUUACCAAGUGAUAGAUUAUAGAUUUACACAUGAAUCUCGUAACAGUAGUAUGAGUUUUCAAAAUAUACUGCAAUGGUCACAAAAUAGGAAAUACCCGAAAAGAGCUGGAUUGACCCUAGAGUACGCUGGAGCAGGGAUCUGUCACAAUCCUAAUAGUUCCAUCUUUCCAUCCUUGGGAGCUAAUGUUGAUAAACCAACCAUCUCUCUUCCCUGUCUUCUUCUGGACUCUUGCUUCUCCGAUUACUGUUAGUUUAGCAUUAACAUUGAAUAGUGGACAAGAUAAAUAGAAAGUAAUGAACUGCAAGACAGAACAUUUUGAGAAGGUUUAAUAAAGGGAUUAAACAUGGAAUUGGUAAAAUGGGCAUAUGAUAGUAGGGCCUUUUGAAUAAAGACUUUCAUCUCUCAUUCACACACACACACAUGCACACCCACACUUUCAGGAACACAUUAGAAAGCAGAUACACAACUUUUUCUCUGCUGGAGGACAAAACAAUAUAUACUGAACCAGGUUUUAAGGGAAAACUAACUGCUGAAACCAGAUGGCCAUAUUUUUUCCUGUAAGGGUGAUGCUUUAAGAAAGGCUUUCACCUCCCUCCAGCUGCUCAGGAAUAGGAAAUAUAUUGAGGAAAGGAAAACCAGUGCCUGACUAAGGCAAUAGCAGCCAUUCAGGGACUGCUUGGUGCUUUGGGCUGCUAGGGUCCUGUGCUAACAGCCUACAGGGCAGGGACAUGCCCCAAGAGCAUGGCAGUAGUGUGGAUUCAUGUUCUUCAGUGUUUGCUUCCACUUUGCAAAAUGAGUUUUUGAACAUACUGAGCAGGGCCUGCUGCGGAACAGAGAGGCCACAUCGGCAGGGCUGAGGGCACAGGUCCCUUCUCUGGAGCUGCAGCUGUGUUUGGGUUCUGCCCCCAUUGCUAGAUUCUCUGAAAUCCAGGGCCCUAGCUUGCAUUGUCUGUUCCUCUCAUUCCUGAGGUCUCAAGAAAAGCCAUUUAUCCAAAGGCACAGUCACAGGAACUCACACCCUGUAUUUACAGAAGAAAAUAAAAUGCAUAUGCCAAAGAACGAUCAGAAAAAUGUCAUUUUUUAACAUGUUGUCUUU